CCAAAACCUCUGAAAAACCCACGACCAGAGGGGCGCCAACGAUGGCGGAACAAGAGCUGGAUUCGACGGCUCCUCCAGGGCUCCACCUGGUCUCCGCCUUCCACGCCAUGGAAACCACCGAUACUUUACUCUGUUUAGCGAGGGAAUGUGGAGGAGGAAAGGUAUCAGAUAAAGUGCAAAGCUUUAUUUGGGAUCAUUGUCUAACCAAAGCGGUAGGAAAAGGAAAUGAAUCUUAUUUGAAGAAGUUUGUAAAGAAGCUUAUUACAGAGGUUGAGUCAAACCAUGGCAAUGUGUUGGAUGAAUUAUAUGAACAAUAUGCUUCCUACAUGACUUCUGUCAAGGAUGAUAAUUUGGUCAAAGAAAAUGAGAGGGUCUGCAAAUGGGUUUCUUUUCUUUUUCCUGGUGAUUGUUUUGAACUCCCAAGUUGUCCAAGAUCAAGGAAACUGGUGGUUCCACUACAAUGUUCGGUCAACAUGCUUAAGGGAGAUACAGGGUGUUCAAUUUGGCCAUCCAGUCUUUUCCUAUCAGAGUUGAUACUUUCUUUUCCACAUUUUUUCUCAGGGAAAUCAUGUUUUGAGGUUGGAUCCGGUGUUGGUUUGAUUGGAAUUUGUCUUGCUCAUGUAAAUGCCUCCAAGGUGAUAUUAAGUGAUGGCGACUUGUCAACUUUAACUAAUAUGAAGCUUAAUUUGGAGAUGAACCAGUUGAAUACAGAAACUGAUUUACCAGAAACAAGUAUUGAAAAUCAAAAUGUGGUUAAAUGCAUUCAUCUGCCUUGGGAAUCAGCAUCAGAAAAGGAACUCCAAGACUUCAUGCCAGAAAUCAUUCUGGGUGCAGAUGUUAUUUAUGAUCCAUCGUGUCUUCUACAUCUUGUUCAAGUACUGGCCAUUCUUUUGAAUAAAAGGAAGUCAUGUGACAAGAACCAGAAAGGAAGCUCCUGGAAAUCUUUACCCAAAGUCACAUGUGCUAGAGGUAAAGUAAAUGGUUCCAGCCAAAGACAAGUUCUUAAUGCCCCUGAUUUAGAUUCAUCCAGUUCUUACGCUUUUGACAUCAAUACUAGUGGAACCAAAAGAAUUAUCAAUGAUGCUACCAGUGUUGGAUCAAGGGCAGAUGUAGUUGCUUACAUUGCUUCCGUCAUUCGGAACGCCGAAACAUUCAAUCAUUUUCUGGCACUAGCAGACCAAGCUGAUCUUGCAAUCACAGACCUAACAUCUACACUGAGGCCCCUUGAUUUGCUUCCUUAUAUGAAGUCAUACGAUCGUUCAAGCAUACGAUUGUUUAGUUUAUCAUCUAAAUGCUUAUCCAAAUCUCAUAGCUAUCUUUUUCAGCUCCAUUCAAAUGUUUCUUUAGAAAAGAUUUAUCCAACUCCUUACAUUUUCAAUAUUUUGGGGGGGUCCAUCGUCAUAGAAGACAUUGAGUUGCUUCAUGCACUGUCAUUUUCUUUUUUCACCAAAAGCGAGGUUCUUUUUAACUUAACCAAUAUUCACUGUAGCUGGCUGCAGCGCCCACUACCAGGACAGUUGUCUCUCAGCACCAUUAAAAACGAAUCUUCUCUGUUUCGAAUUUCGAUUGUCGUUAAAAUGGCAGAUCAAAAGCAAGAAGAAAUAGUGGUUAUCCAUUCAUGGUCUGCUCCAAGAUCACUCAGUACUAGCCUCAUGUACUCUUUUUCUCAGAGGGAUGAUGUAGAAGUGCUGGACGAGCCCCUCUAUGGAACUUUUCUUCAGGUGACUGGUGUUAAAAGGCCCUACCGUGAAGAUGUUCUAUCUAAGAUGGAAUGCAAUGGUAAUAAAGUUGUGAAAGAGAUCAUUUAUAGUCCAGGAGGAAAGAAGUAUCGGUUUUGUAAGCAUAUAGCAAAGCAACGGGUACCAGGUUUGCCAAAUGACUUGUUCCAAAAAGGAAAGCACUUUAUAUUGAUACGAAAUCCUCUGGAUAUACUGCCAUCCUUUGACAAGGUUGUGCCUCCAUCCUUUCUUGAGUUAGGUUUGGGAGAACUAGUUUCCAUAUACAGUGAGCUUUGUGCAUUGGGAAAACCCCCACCUGUCAUUGAUGCAGCAGAUCUUCAACAAAAUCCUGAGGCUACUUUACGUGGUCUUUGUGAAGAUUUAAAUAUUCCUUUUCAAGAUGCGAUGCUCAGAUGGGAAGCCGGUCCUAAGCCGAUAGAUGGUAUUUGGGCUCCAUGGUGGUAUAAAAGUGUGCAUAAAUCAACAUGUUUCACACCCACAAGAAAGUACCCUAGGGCAUUUCCUUUCUCAUUUUAUGACUUGUUAGAGCAAAGUCUACCUAUCUAUAACAUGCUUAGGCGCCAUGUGAGGCAGACAUCAUCCCUUCUAACGUCCCCCUUACCUGUUCCUGAUAUUCCAGUUCCUGAAAAUGCAAAGCUGCUUGCUUGGGUUGGUGAUGAGAUUGUACCUCGCGAGAGUGCAAAGGUUUCAGUGUUUGAUUCAAUCGUUCAAGGCGGUGAUGGUGUGUGGGAAGGACUUCGAGUUUACAGUGGAAAGAUAUUUAAGCUCGAAGAGCAUUUAGAUAGGAUGUUUGAUUCUGCAAAGGCUCUGGCUUUCAACAAUGUUCCAACUCGUGAUGAGAUCAAAGAGGCUAUUUUCAGAACUCUCAAUGCCAAUGGAAUGUUUGAUAAUACACACAUUCGAUUAACACUUACUCGUGGGAAAAAGGUUACUUCUGGAAUGAGCCCUGCAUUUAAUCGUUAUGGCUGCACUUUGAUUGUGCUUCCUGAAUGGAAACCCCCUGUUUAUGACAACUUGAGUGGUAUAACACUUGUUACUGCUACUACACGACGUAAUUCACCAAACAAUUUGGACUCAAAGAUUCACCACAAUAAUCUUCUGAAUAAUAUACUAGCAAAGGUAGAAGGGAAUAAUGCAAAUGCCGAUGAUGCAAUCAUGCUUGACAAGGAUGGUUAUGUAUCCGAAACAAAUGCCACAAACAUUUUUUUGGUAAAAAAAGGCCACGUUUUGACACCUCAUGCUGAUUAUUGUCUUCCUGGGAUUACUCGCGCAACUGUCAUGGAGCUUGUUAUUAAGGAAAAUUUUGUCCUAGUGGAGCGAAGGAUUAGCUUAUCUGAGUUCCAUACAGCAGAUGAGGUAUGGACUACUGGAACAAUGGGAGAACUCAGCCCGGUUGUGAAAAUUGAUGGGCGCAUCAUUGGCGAUGGGAAAGUGGGGCCUGUUACUCGAAGAUUGCAAAAUGCUUAUAAAGUGCUGACAGAAGAAUCAGGAGUGCUUAUACCGACCAAUGGUGAAACAUGAAUAACAUAUUUCAACGGAGGUCAUCAUUACCAAGGAGCAGCACAUCUCAAGACGAAAACGAGUUAGGAUUGCUUCCAGAACCAUGAUUAAUGGAGAUUUUGGAUGCACCAACAUAUUUUUGAGCACUGCUGUUCAGUAUUAAAAUGAUUAUCAUUAGUCCUCUGUAAUGAAUAGUAUCAUCAAUAUGCUCCAAGAUAUUUACUUUGAUAUCUUAUACAUUUGGAUUUUGUUUUUUGGCAUUGUGAAAGUAAUGCCAAACUCACAUAUAUUACAAGGAGACAAUUUCCUUU